GUUUUUAUUUUCGGAACGCCUCUUGAAUUUUUCUGUGUUGAAUGAAAACUGGCAUAAAUGUAAACAUGCCUGCUGGUGAUGAAAAAAUCGAAGACUUAAACGAAAGAAUUGGACACUUUAUAAGAGAACUGAAACAAGGAAGUGUAGAAGGUUCCUAUAAUGUAGCAUAUAGAACAGUAUCCCUGCUGGUCAGGGUGAUAUCACAGACUAAAUGGACAACAGCUAGAGAAUUGUUAGAUAAUGUAACUACCCAUGGGAAGAGAAUGAUUUCAGCACAACCAUCAGAGUCAGCAGUGGGCAAUAUGGUUAGGAGAAUUCUUAAAAUGAUAAGAGAAGAAUAUGCCAGUGCUUUAAAGGGUUCUGAAGAAGCUGAUCCACAAGAAUCUCUACAUAAAUUAUUAUCAGCAGAAGGACAAAAAGAAGACUAUGGUCAGUCUGUGCCAAAUCUCAAGGCAACUGUGAUAGAGGCUGUUAAUGAAUUAAAGACUGAAUUAGAAAAUAGUGCGGAUAAUAUAGCUGGACAAGCCUUAGAACAUAUACACUCCAAUGAAGUAAUAUUAACAGCGGGAAAAUCAAAAACUGUAGAGGCAUUUCUCAAGAAAGCAGCAAAGAAGAGAAAGUUCCAGGUGAUGGUUGUGGAGUGUGCCCCAUUUUAUCAUGGUCAGGAACUUGCAAUGAGUUUAGCAAAGUCUGGAAUAGAAACAACAGUCAUCAAUGAUGCUGCUGUAUUUGCUAUUAUGUCAAGAGUAAACAAAGUUAUCAUUGGAACACAUACUGUAAUGGCAAAUGGAGGACUAAAGGCAAUUAAUGGAAGUCAUGCAAUAGCUUUAGCAGCAAAACAUUACUCUGUACCGCUUAUUGUAUGUGCAGCUAUGUUUAAGUUAUCACCACAGUUUUUAUGCUCCUAUGAUCAGGAUGCCUUUAACAAGUUUGUUAGUCCACAAGAUGUGUUGAACUUUUCUGAAGGCGAAAUCUUGUCAAAAGUUCAAGUUCAUAACCCAGUGUUUGACUAUGUACCACCAGAGUUAGUUACACUUUUUGUAUCUAAUAUUGGAGGAAAUGCACCAUCCUAUGUGUACAGACUUUUAAGUGAACUUUAUCAUCCAGAUGAUCAUGAUAUACAAUAAAUAACUUCUAUAAUAAUAUUUUAUCCUUGAUGUAUGGAGGAAGAGCAAUAUUGUUAUUUAUUGCAUUUUAAUUCUUUGCCUAUAUUAUUGUUCAGUUGACAGUCUUUUCGUAGUGGCAGCUCUAUACACAAAUCAUUUAAAAAUAUAAAUGGAAAAACUCCACCAGUGUUAAAAGUACUAGCAUGGAGCAAGUAUGAAAGUUAUGGCAAAAGAAGUUCUUUUUUCUUGCUCCUAAGGAAAGAAGUAAAGUUAAGACACUUUUCAAUUUUAUACAAAUGUAUUAGAUCUACAGUAUAGUAAUAUGCAAAAGGAAGAUAAUUUAGUUUUACAAUUAAUCAUUCUCAGACAAAAACAUAAGUUGGAAUAAAAAUUGAUAAAGGUU